AUGGAUGGUUUAUGGAGGACGCAACUCAAUGCAUUCUAUCAAUUUUCUCGCCCACACACUAUAUUUGGAACUAUCAUAGGGAUUACUUCAGUCUCUAUUCUACCAAUUAAAUCCUUAGCAGAUAUUUCUCCCACAUUUUUUCUGGGACUAUUAAAGGCAUUAAUUCCAUCACUGUUAAUGAACGUUUAUGUGGUUGGGUUAAAUCAACUGUUUGAUGUCGAAAUAGACAAGGUGAACAAACCAAGUCUGCCACUGGCUUCUGGAGAAAUUUCAAUGAAACGAGGCAUCACAAUAGUUAUCACCUCCCUACUCAUGAGUUUUUGUAUGGGAAUUAAGUUUCAAUCUCCACCAUUGUUAGCUGCUCUCAUUGUUAGCUUUCUUCUUGGAAGUGCAUAUUCUAUAGAGUUACCUUUUCUUAGAUGGAAAAGAAAUGCAUCCCUGGCUGCAAUAUGCAUCAUGGUUGUGAGGGCUAUCAUUGUUCAGUUUGCUUUUUUUGCACAUAUACAGAAAUAUGUGCUGGUGAGGCCUAUUCUCUAUACAAGAUCUCUGUUUUUUGCUGUCACAUUUAUGUGCAUCUUCACUGCUGUCAUUGCCCUGUUUAAGGAUAUUCCUGAUGUCAACGGUGAUAGAAAUUUUGGCAUCCAAUCUUUCAGUGUCAGCCUUGGACAAGAACGAGUGUUUUGGUUAUGUAUAAGCAUGCUUGUAGCUGCAUAUGCAGCUGCUAUGGUGAUUGGAGCUACUACUACUACUACUCUUUCCAACAAAGUUGUUACUGUUUUGGGGCAUUUAUUACUUGCUUGUUUUUUAUUAUUUAAAGCUCAAUCGGUCGAUAUAUCAAGUCAAGUAUCAAUAACUUCUUUUUAUAUGUUUAUAUGGAAGCUUUUCUAUGCGGAAUACCUUCUGAUUCCCUUUGUUCGUUAA